UGCACCUGCAGCCGUUCCUGUGCGUGUUGCUUUUGCGCGGCUGCUGCUGUCUUUGCAGAUUUAUAAACAAUACACACAGACUGAGCAGGUCUGCUACAAAACACAGAGGGAAAUCCAGAUGAUUUAUGCAGCUGCUAAAACGCGCUGCCGCUCUUGAAUGUAACCUCAGUUUAUAUUUGGCUUAAAGGAGACGCAACAAAGCGCACAAAAUGGUUGCGCUCCAGGCCCGGGCGAAUAAGUAGGUUUACUAUAGCUUUAAGAACGCGAAAAUAGUGGCUGCUUCUUUAAAAAUAUAUCGGUUUAUUGCUGAAUAGAUAAUUAAGAAAAGUUUUCAAUUUCUAAUCAAUAAAUCGAUGCAUAUAAUCUGCGGCGAACCCAACGCACUCACAGAAAAUGCCCCACUGUUGGAUAAAGGCCUCUUGCAAUCAAAACGUCUUUAAACCAGAUGUGGUGCGUUUCUCCUCAAUUUGCAAGUGAACCUGCUUGGCUUUCUGCGGAUUUACAGACGGGCUGAAGUGUCCUCAAGGUGAUGGAACCGACCGGCGAGCGAACCGGGGAUGUAAAUAAAGGCGAAGAGCCGGUGGAGGACAAGGCCGCAGAGCAGACCCCGGCCACCAGUACGACCGUUACCCCGCGGAGGGGGCUCAGGGAGCGGGGAGCGGGCCGCCCGAGGUCUGGCGUCUCCUCCGCUUCAUUAACGGACGUCAACGGGACUGCGCAGAGCUCGGGACGGGUUUUGAGAGACCGGUCAACGAGGGCAGUACCGGCUUGGCUGAAGGACACCAAAAGCGACGACGACGAAGACGAACCGAGUCCGGACACCGGCGCGACCAAGCGGAGGAAAGUUUCCAACUCCCGGCGGAAGAAACACUCAGAGUCUGCGGGUUCGGCUGAGCCUGGAGGGGGGGUCGCAGGUGACAGCCGUCAAGCCACAGAGUCAGAGGACCCCAAGAAACCUGCCACAGAUGCUCAAGCUCUGCCCUCCAGACGCCCCCCAGCCCAGGCCGGAGCCAAGCCCCCGUCUGGCAGGGCCAUCCGCGGCUCUGCCAAGCCUGUGUGUAAGACAGAACCUGGAAUGGAGAUUCAAUCUGCAGAAGGGGAGCUGAACAAUAAAGAGAAGUACGAAAUUAAAAAGAAAGAGGAGGAAAGUGAGGAUGUUGCUGAACCAGUCCUGGAAGACAAAGACCCUCCGUUUCAGGACGACCCACAUGACUUCAACUAUCAGCCGCAGAGUCAGAGUGGUGCAGAGGAAGAAGAGGGCCUCAGCAGUGAUGAUGAUGUUCCUUUUAGAGAUGAUUUAAACGAUCAGAGCUAUGACCCCAAGGCUGAAAGGGAUGCCCCUAAACCAAAGCGCAGAGCUCCUCCUAGACAGAAGGAGAAGAAAGAAAAAGAGAAAGCGCCUAAAAAAGAGAAAGAGGUUGCUGAAAUAAAGAUAGAAGGUUCAGACAACUUGGAGAGAGUGGAAGAGGAAGUGAAGCUGGAGGAAGAAAUAGUGGAGGACCCUGACGGACCCAGGAAGAGAGGCCGGCGGAAAAAAGAUGACAAAACCCCACGGCUGCCAAAAAGAAGGAAGAAGCCCCCGGUGCAGUAUGUGCGCUGUGAGAUAGAGGGAUGUGGCACAGUUCUGGCUCAUCCUCGCUACCUGCAGCAUCACAUAAAGUACCAGCACUUGCUCAAGAAGAAGUACGUAUGUCCUCAUCCUUCUUGUGGAAGGCUUUUCCGACUACAGAAGCAGCUGCUUCGUCAUGCGAAACACCAUACAGACCAGAGAGACUACAUCUGUGAGUUCUGUGCUCGUGCCUUCAAGAGCUCCCACAACCUGGCUGUGCACCGCAUGAUCCACACCGGAGAGAAGCCCCUCCAGUGUGAAAUCUGUGGCUUCACCUGUCGCCAGAAGGCGUCUCUCAACUGGCACAUGAAGAAGCAUGAUGCCGAUGCCACCUAUCAGUUUUCCUGCUCCAUUUGUGGCAAGAAGUUUGAGAAGAAGGACUGCGUGGUGGCCCAUAAGGCCAAGAGUCACCCAGAGGUGCUAAUUGCUGAGGCACUUGCAGCCAAUGCUGGCGCCCUCAUCACAACCCCUGCAUCCUUGCUGGAGCUGCCAGGAAACCCCAUGCAAGCAGAAGUCACCAGCCUGGAAAUGAGCCAAAUAGGGCAGGAGGGGCAGGUGGAACCGCUGAGCCAGGAAGGUCAAGUUGGGCAGCAAGUGGCUCAGGUGUCUCAGAUGGGUCAUGUGACCCAACAAGUGAGUCACCAGGUGGUUUUACUGGGACAAGACCAGAGCCUCCAUACCAUGCAGGUGCCGGUGACAAUCGCCCUGUCCCCCAUUGACCCCCCUUCGCCAGCUGACAACCAGCAGCAGACUCACCUCCAGCUACAGAUGCCCGUCCAGUUCGUGCAACCACAGCAACCCCAAAUCCAACAACUGACCCUCCAUUCUGGCGCGGUGGUGACCCAGCACCAACCCCAGCUUCAUCCCCUUCAGUCCUAUUCCUCCCAGCAGCACAGUCACGGGCAGACACAAAUCCUACAAAUGACCUUCCAGCCGGUCAGCCAGUCCCAGACCCAUAUUCAGCAGAUCCCCAUCCUAGCGACCUCUCAGCAGCUUCAGACCCUGCAGACAGCCGCCCCGAGCCCUCCUCUCCUGUCCCCGUCCCAACCCCAGUCCCAGGAUCCAGCCUGCACCAAUGGGGACAGCUUUAUUCUGGACAAUCCGGUGCUCUCUUCCUCCUCUCCAUCAGUCAACUCCCUUCAGCAGACAGAGGCGGUGGGGGAAGACAGCGUGGUCUGGGAGCAGACAGGACAAGGGGACGUUCUGUCUGACAGCACUGAGAGACAUGUGCAGCAGGCCCUCAUGUAAAACAAGGAUGGUGCACUCAAAGCAGAAAAAAUAGUGGCAAAUUAUGUCAUCAGUGAGCUAAUAUACUGUAUUGCAACGUUUGAGGUAAAUGUAGGAUCACAAAUAUAAUAUGUACUGUUCACUCAUAGUCAUCUUUGGUAGCUUUUUAGAAUAUCUGUAUCAGGGAAAGAUAUGUAUGUGUCUAUAUGUGUAAGUUGUUGCCUUUGUACAUAAGUCCUGUAAACUUCACUAGCCUUUUAUUUGAGUGUGUGUGUGUGUGUGUGUGUGUGUACUGAUGCAGAAAAUGACUUCUAAAAGAUGUUGCAAAGCUAUUGCUGUUAUGCAAUAAUAUAGCAUACCUCUAAGUAAUAGACAGCACUUCAAAUGCCUUGUGUGUGGCAUUAUCAAGGUUCCUACUGGAUUAAAGCAACUUUAUUUAUAUACUGAAUUAAACACAAAACACACAUUAGAAAGCUACAAACCUCCUCAAUAUGUGUGCGUUCAACAAAUUCAGUUUAAAUGAAUUGUCAGCCAGUUGUUCAUUUAUUGUCCAGAGCUACACAAAACUUUUACUCGACCAGGUUAAAAGAAAAAUGUAACAUAAAUCUAAAUAAACUCACAAAGAGAGAAAUAUCUUAAAACCUGGAAGGACAUAGACAGAAAGGUGUUACACAGGGCUGUAAAAAGUCACAAAAUAUACAUAUUUAGAAGAUUUUUGGCAGUGUCAUUAAACCAGUUUAAAUGACAUUUGUGCAGAUUUGUUAAGCUUGGCUGUGGGUAGACUGAAGGAAUAAUAACCCGUAUAAUUUAUUUACUGCUCACAAACGUCCUUAGUCAUUGUAGCCAGCCAGAAGAUGACAUUGGACACUAUUAAUCACAUUAUGAAUCCUGCAAGCACAGUCACUGAAUUAAACUAUUAAAACUAAUACUGUCACUGAAUAGUGUUUGAAACAUCAUGUAAAUUCAUAACCAGAACUAUGUAGAAACCUUUGAACACGUGUCGAUACUAAAGUUGCACCAGUCUGAUGCAAAUUUAGUAUGUGUGACAUAGGAUGUGUGGUAGAGCAGGCACAACAGCUGUUCAUUUAUAUGAUGUAAAUAAAUGUCUUAACAUUUA